AUGCGCGCUUUAUUCGCGAUCCUCGCGAGCGCACUACUAGCCGUCACUCCAACCCCAGCUUCGCUUCCGCCUCCCCAAGCUCCACUGAGAACUCCUGAGCUGCCAGUCCAGAAACACCUCUUGCCGUCGAAUCUCCUCCAUGGCGAUAACGUCCAAGCGGUCCUCCACCAGGUUGCCUCCAAUCUAAAUCAAGGCGUCUCAGACGGCUCGGAGAACUUACUGCAAGACCUCUCGACCACUGGGUCGUCACGCAUCGAGAUGGUUGCAGCGAAUGAUCUCAGACCGGUCAUGCAGAACUGGGGUCUUGAAGACGGCGCUCUUGAUCAGGCGUACGAUCGUAUCCACAAAAGUAUCGAGCGUGCUAUUGGGGAGGCUGUCUAUUCCGCCCAGGGGUUCUCACUCAACUGGAUCUCCACUCAAGACAAUGGUGCUGAAACCACACGCCUGUCGACUCUGUUGGUGGUCGUGAAGUUGUCCGAUGUGCAUGGCGGCGACGAUGCUUGGAUUGCUGAAAUCGGACACAUUCCCGUAUCUUCAGAUGCCAACACCAUUGUCUGCUAUCGGUGCUGGUUCAAGCCUUGCUGCCGCAACACGGCCGAGGACCUACGAAACCGGGAGAAUAUUAUCGCUGCCAUUUCCACCUUCCAUGCCGAUUGGGCUUUGAACCAUCUCCCAGACCCGCCAGCAGACUUAUUCGCUGGCAGAACCGAAGUUUCUCUGUCGUCGUCUUCUGAGGCACCUCUUUGGCCUGGUCGAUUCGAAAGUCUGUUGCGUCACUUCCUUGGCAACUCAGCCGAGAACCGCGAUGCGCGCAAGACCUACCGAUCGGGUUUACUCGCCGCCGUCCAGAAUGCAACUCUCUCCCACCGUCAAGGCUUUCACAACAUGGAAUGGGUUGUUCGUGAGCAAGGCGUCGUUCCGAUGCUUCAGGACAUGAUGUCAACCUGCUUCAGCAUGGCUGGCAUUGAAUAA